UGCCAGCAGGACAGGAGGCUCAGGAUGGGGACAGAAGGACUCCUAUCCCCUCAGGUGCUGUGGCUCCUCCUCUGGGUGCAGCUGUGCAGAGGGGCAGCAGAGGUGAGGCUGGCGGAUGGCAGCGGGCGCUGUGAUGGGAGAGUGGAGGUGAAACACCAGGACCAGUGGGGGACUGUGUGUCGUACCGGCUGGGAUGAGAAGGAUGCAGCGGUGGUUUGUAAGCAGCUGGGCUGUGGGUCAGUAAUCAGUGCUGUACGGAGUAAAAGAUUUGUGCUAGGAUCUGGCCCCAUUUGGAUGGAUUAUGUCCGCUGUCAAGGCACCGAGUCUGCCCUGUCUGACUGCACACACAGAGGAUGGGGUAAACAUUACUGCAUACAUGAAUAUGAUGCUGGAGUUACAUGUACAGGAUUUGUCCGUCUGGUUGGAGGGGACAGCCGCUGCUCAGGACGAGUGGAGAUCAAUGACGGGGAAGGGUGGAAAUCUGUCUGUGACUCACACUUUGGUGCCAAAGCUGCUGAUGUGGUCUGCAGAGAUCUUCAGUGUGGCAGAGCCCUGUCCGUCACCAGAGGAAGUCCCUCUGGAGAAGGGACCGGUCCCAUUUGGGACAGAGAGCUGCAGUGUGUGGGGAAUGAAUCCACCCUCUCCUCCUGCCCCACGGGGACUCCUCAGGACCAGCCCUGCACCCAGACAAGCACUGCUGCUGUCAGCUGCACACGGUUCAGGCUGGUGAAUGGCAGCACGGCAUGCAUGGGCAGGGUGGAAGUGGAGGUGCAAGGAACAUGGGGCACCCUUUGUGCCUCCCACUGGGACCUCUUGGAUGCCCACGUUCUGUGCCAUUAUCUUGGUUGUGGGUUUGCGGUGUCCGUUCCUGAAGGAGGGCAUUUUGGGAGAGGAACCGGCCCGGUCUGGAGUGACUCGUUCCAUUGUGAGGGGACUGAGUCCAGCCUGGAUCAGUGCCUGGUGACCGCCCUGGGGGCCUCUCCGUGCUCCCAUGAGAACAAUGCUGCCGUCAUUUGCUCAGGCCCGCCUCACAACGCAUCUCUAAGACUGGUGGGUGGAGGGAGCCGGUGCGACGGGCGCGUGGAGAUCUUCCAGCGCGGGACAUGGGGCAGAGUCCUGGAUGAUCAGUGGGACAUGGAGGACGCUAGCGUGGUGUGCCGGCAGCUGCGCUGCGGGGAGGCAGAGGCAGCCUACACUGUGCCGAGGGCCGAGCGAGGGACGGGCCCCGUGGGGCUGCGUGGGGUGCAAUGUGCAGGCCACGAGGCCAACCUGAGCCUCUGCAACACAUCCCUGCCCGAGGCCACGGGGAUCAUGGAGGACAUGGGGGCCGUGUGCCAGGGUGAGCAGCGCGUCCUCUAGAUGCAGGACUGGGCGGGCAGCCAGCCUCUGACAGCUGGGGCUUCCCCCCACUGCGGGAGCCGCCAGGUCCGGCUGGUGGACGGGGCUGGGCGAUGUGCAGGGAGAGUGGAGAUCUACUACCGGGGGCAGUGGGGCACGGUCUGCGACGAUGCCUGGGACACGGCCGACGCCAACGUGGUUUGCCGCCAGCUGAGCUGCGGAUGGGCCGUGGAGGCGGCCGGCUCGGCUCGCUUUGGGGAGGGCUCUGGGCACAUCUGGCUGGAUGGCGUGAACUGCUCUGGAGACGAAACUGCUCUCUGGAACUGCUCUGCUGAGGCCUGGGGACAGCACGACUGCGGGCACAAGGAGGAUGCGGGAGUCGUCUGCUCAGAAUUCAUGGCCCUGAGGCUGGAGAACAGCGAUGGCUGCUCCGGGCGCCUGCAAGUUUUCUACAAUGGGAUGUGGGGGAGUGUUGGCUCCAACUCGAUGACUCCUCACACGGCGUCACUGGUGUGCAAGGAGCUGGGCUGUGGGGAUGGAGGGACCCAGGAAAUCAGCAUCUUCUAUGGCAGGGUGAAUGGCACCGCGUGGCUGGAUCACGUGCAGUGUGGGGAGAGCAACAGCUCCUUCUGGCAGUGCCCCUCUGAUCCCUGGGAACUGCAGUCGUAUGAUGAUGUGCGAGACGAGACCAACAUCACCUGCAACGGGAGAAAGCCGGAAAGGACGCCGGUAGCUGCGUGCCCCAAUUCCACGAGCUGCACAGACAGGGAGAAGAUCCGUGCUGUGGGAGGCAAGGAUGGGUGCUCGGGCAGAGUGGAGGUCUGGCACCGUGGCUCCUGGGGAACUGUGUGCGACGACUCGUGGGACAUGCAGGAUGCCGAGGUGGCAUGCAGGCAGCUGGGCUGUGGCCCUGCGGUGUCUGCCCUGGCCGAGGCUGCGUUUGGGGAGGGGACAGGACCCAUCUGGCUGGAGCAGGUGGAGUGCAGGGGCACGGAGCCAUCUCUGCAGGCUUGCUGGGCCCGGACUGGGGAUGGCGGUGCCUGCCGGCAUAAGGAAGAUGCAGCUGUGAACUGCUUGGCUGCAACCAGCGUGACAGCAUCCCCCCCACAAAGAGACCCCAUUCUGGACUAUGCGACCAUCGGCAGGAGAGUCUCAGUGCCUGUCAUCAUUUGCAUCAUCCUGGGGCUCCUUAUUUGCCUACUCCUGGCCCUCCUGGCAAGGCAGAUGCAAAGUGCCAGAGCUCGGCACAGAGACUCCAGGAGAUCUGGGGAGCCCUUCUCUGAAGCUGUGUAUGAGGAGAUUGAGUACAGCCCAAUGAGGGAGAAGAAAAUGAGAUUCAGUUUCUCAGACAUCCCUGUUCUGCCUGGUGAUUCCCCAGUGGAAGGCUAUGAUGAUGCCAGGGAGGUUUCUGACCCUGGAGAGCAUCCUGUCCCAGGGCAGGGAGACUGGCAAGUGCCUAGGGCACAGGAGGACGGAGAGGGACCCAGGGAUGCUGCCAGAGGAGAGAGUCGGCACUCCUGGAGAAGUGCCGGAGCCCCUGAAGUUGAUGGAGACACCUCACCUCUGUCCCUUGGGAGCACGGGCUAUGAUGAUGCUGAUGAGAUCUCUGUCAUAACCCCACUGGACACAAAGGCUGUGACACCAGAGCGCUAGGAUGCCUGAGCUCUGGGACAAGAGACUCUGUCCCUGCCAUGAAGUUGGGUGUAGACACAAAGGAGAGGUCAGUGCCGCUGGGAGAGCCGUGAGUGCCAGCAGCUUUUUUCACAGGGGCAUCAGAAACAGCCAUGCAAUUCCUCCAAGUUUUAUUCCUCUUCUUUUAUGUUGUGCAUUGCUACUGGUUCCUAUUAAAACACUGUGAGAGCUUUGACCCAGA